AAAAAGAACUGUUAGCGCGCGCACACACACAGCACUUCCUCGUCGGCUGAAUCACAGAACGAAAAAACGGCGAGAGGAAGAGAACAACAGCAAGUUUGGUCUGCGGAGAGUUUACAGGACGGGUGUUCCUGGUACUUCUCACCAUGGCGCCAUUCUUGAGGAUUGCCUUUAAGUCAUUUGACUUGGGUAUCCUGCCCCCCUUAGCCGACCCCCCCUUCUGCGCAAUCAAGAUAAAGGAGGCUUUGACAACUGAACGUGGCAAGACACUGGUUCAGCGGAAACCUACGAUGUACCCGGCCUGGAAGUCCACUUUUGAUGCCCACAUAUAUGAGGGCCGUGUGAUCGAGGUGAUACUCAUGAAGACAGCAGAGGAACCACUGGCUGAAGUCACUGUUGGUGUGUCUGUUCUUGCUGAGCGCUGCAAGAAAGCCAGUGGCCAUGCAGAAUUCUGGGUGGAUCUCCAUCCCUCUGGGAAAGUGAUGAUGGCAGUGCAGUACUUUCUGGAGGGAGGUGAUACAGAGUAUAAACCAAAGGAGGAAGAGGCUCCCACGCUGAACCGCAGACGAGGGGCAAUCAAGCAGGCAAAGAUUCACUUCAUUAAGAACCAUGAGUUCAUUGCCACAUUCUUCAGACAGCCCACGUUCUGCUCUGUGUGCAGAGACUUUGUCUGGGGACUCAACAAGCAGGGCUAUAAAUGCAGACAAUGUAAUGCAGCCAUCCACAAGAAAUGCAUAGACAAAAUCAUCGGCAGAUGUACUGGCACUGCUGCCAACAGUCGGGAUACUGUGUUUCAGAAGGAGCGCUUUAAAAUUGACAUGCCACACCGCUUCAAAACCUACAACUACAUGAGCCCCACCUUCUGCGACCACUGUGGAAGCCUGCUGUGGGGUCUGGUCAAACAAGGCCUCAAAUGUGAAGAUUGUGCCAUGAAUGUUCAUCACAAGUGUCAGCAUAAAGUGGCCAACCUUUGUGGGAUCAACCAGAAACUACUAGCUGAAGCACUUACACAAGUCAGCCAAAAAUCAUCCACUCGCAGGUCAGAUCCCAACCUGCCUGAUUUGUCUGAUAUUGGAGUCUAUGAUGAAGUUAACAAGAUUGGUGAACUGGAUAUUGGUGACAUGUCUCCUUAUGGUAGACUGUGGGAGGGGCCAAGCCCACAGCCAGUGCCUCGUAUCUCCCAUCUGUCUUGCAUCAAUGUGGACAACUUCAUCUUACACAAAGUCCUUGGAAAAGGCAGCUUUGGCAAGGUUCUCCUUGCAGAGCUGAAGGGUUGUGGGGAGUUCUUUGCAGUGAAGGCUCUGAAGAAAGAUGUGGUGCUGAUGGAUGAUGAUGUGGAGUGUACUAUGGUAGAGAAAAGAGUCUUGGCCCUAGCCUGGGAAAACCCUUUCCUCACACACCUUUACUGUACAUUCCAGUCUAAGGAGCACCUGUUCUUUGUGAUGGAGUAUCUGAAUGGAGGAGACUUGAUGUUUCAUAUUCAGGAGAAAGGCCGCUUUGAUCUCUGCAGAGCCAUGUUCUACUCUGCUGAGAUUAUUUGCGGCCUGCAGUUCUUACAUUCCAAAGGGAUCAUCUACAGAGAUCUUAAGUUGGAUAAUGUUAUGCUGAAUCAUGAGGGCCACAUAAAGAUUGCGGACUUUGGUAUGUGUAAGGAGAACGUGUUUGGAGAAAACCGAGCAACAACUUUCUGUGGCACUCCUGACUACAUCGCGCCAGAGAUCCUGUUGGGACAGAAGUACUCAUUCUCAGUUGAUUGGUGGUCUUUUGGAGUGUUGCUGUAUGAGAUGCUGAUUGGACAAUCACCUUUCCAUGGAGAUGAUGAAGACGAGUUGUUUGAGUCUAUUCGUAUGGACACUCCUCAUUAUCCUCGCUGGAUCAACAAAGAGUCCAAAGACCUGCUUGAGCAGUUGUUUGAGAGAGAUCCCACACGCAGACUAGGAGUUGUAGGUCAUAUUCGUUUACAUCCCUUCUUCAAGUCCAUCAACUGGGCAGCAUUGGAAAGGAGGGAAAUUGAGCCUCCUUUCAAACCCAAAGUGAAAGCACCCAAUGAUUGCAGCAACUUUGAUCGGGAAUUCCUCAGUGAGAAGCCCCGCCUCUCCCACAGUGAUAAGAACUUCAUAGACUCCAUGGACCAGUCGGCAUUUGCUGGGUUUUCAUUCACCAACCCCAAGAUGGAGCAGCUUAUAGAGAAGUAACUGUUAUAAAUACGCAGAUAGCAGUUACAUAUCUGGUUUUUGGACAGUUAUCAUGGAUGCUUCUUCUGUUUUACGAUUAAACUGCAAAACAGUGAGCUGUUCUGAGAUCAGUGUUUGUGUGACCUUGUUCUAAUUACAAAUAGUCAUCUUUCGGUACGUGUAGAAAAUGUAAGAGUAGAGUUGGCUCUUGUACUGUAUAUAUUGGUGUUAGAGUGAUUGUGUGCAUGCUUCUGUGUCUAGAUGUAAAGGUCUGUGUGAGUCAUUACAGCACAAAGGGGGGGGGGGGGGGGGUUAAAAACCUUACGCUCCACUAGACAUGACAACUACCAUCUGCAGCCACAUAGUUUCCCUGUAACCCACACAGUGCUGUUGUUCAGCUGUAAAUAUGUUUAUGUGAGAUGACUCAAUGUAUGAAAAGACAAGAAAAACUCAAACCAACAACAUUCUGUCCCUCAGUGCUUUAAUUUGGUUUAUUAUUAAUUAAUGUCUUCACACUUCUGAAUGCAUGCCUUUGGUUGGAUAGAUGAUGUGUUACUGAGAAAGCAAAACGUGUGGUUUGUGCGGUUGACUAAACAGUGCCAUGUAAAGAGCAGAUUUAAACAAAGUAACAGCUGCUCUCUGCUCGACUGAAAACGUGUUGUCAAUAUCAAAAGUUUGGCCACGUAUUAAACGUGAGUGGGAAAUGUUGUAUAUAGAUGUGUACGCUGUUACAUGUACAUUGGUUCAUCAAGGAUGUAUUUUUUUUAUUGUUUCCAUCUUGUAUGUUUAAUUAAAGGGAAAUGAGUCAUGUUGAUGCACA